AAAAAAAAAAAAAAAGACCGACGCGAAAAACAAAAAGAUACUUGGGAAGCCGGGGCCGGGGUGAUCUUGGCCGGUCCCAAUUGAGACGAGCCGAAUAACACGAUUGAGUAGAUGGUAAGAUGGAACAUAUUAAUAAUCGGUGUGUGGAUGGCAGACCAGACGGGAAAGAAUUGAAGAAAAAGGUAUAGCCAAGGUCAAGAUGAAGACCCCUUUCAGACCCUGAUUUUGGCAUGCAGACCCUGCUUUUACCGCCUUCCCCCUCUCCCGGAAUAUCCACUCAAACCCCCAAAUCCAGUCCCAACAAUCAACAUUCGAAUCAAUAAUCGCCCCCCGAGUAUUAUCACGAUGUAGUUAAGCCAAUUUUUAUCUUCUUUUUGCCUCCGUGGGAUGCAUGCGCCCCCUGGCUUAUUUGAGCGCUUUGCUAGGAAAUAUCUCUUACCUGUUAGGGUAAUUGGAGCCGGUUUGUGGGAACGUACCUCGGGAGUCUUGGUGGAAAACAAAACAAGAAAAACACAGCACUGGAGGUGAUUCGCGUUCUUUGGCCACGCGACUUGGCGCCGACAUAGUCACACAAUCACCGUGCUACAUGAAAUUUUGGUGUUUGAUAUUUCUCGGUGAAGCCACUUGCCAUCGUCGAAACCCCUGGUUCGACAAUGCAUACCUCGAAAACUAUAGCCACCUUCCCGCCGUCGCUGCUCGAUCCUUUGGCUGACAUUGCGUCAUGCGCGUUGGGCAGACAUGGAUGCACGACUCGCUCCAACAGCAAAAACCCGCUGAUUAUCGUGCCGGGGGCUGGUUGUUCUUCCUAUGAGGAGGGCACAAGAAGGCACGGCAUUCCGCAAAAAGACACUGUGGAACCCCCCACAUGGUUAUUGGGCUGAAGCAGGGAAGUCUAUGGAAGAGGACCAAGGUUCAUCGAGCCGGUUCUGAUAAUUAUUUUCUGGUUGUCUAAUUUUCCCUCUCCUUUUUUUUCUUCGUAUACUCCCCGUGUGCCAUUUUAGCAUGGAAGCCAAUUCAAGAUUCGAUGGAAUAUGGUUCGAGAGGAGAGACCCGUAUAUACAACAGCCGAUUAUGACCCCCGUUGAUCUUGUCCAACUUGGGCAGCUUUGCCUUCCCCCUUUGUGUACCCGUGUCACUGUGAGAUAACUUACCCUACUGUACAAUGCUUGAUGCGGCUUGUGUCCCUGUUUGUUUUCACUUUCAUCAUCACUCGGGCCGACGAGGUAUAGCAAAAAAAGCUGGCGAUGCGGACAACCGCCUUGGCACAGGCAAACACCACACUACUUAUACCAUAUCCAUAUAACAAGGAAACACUCCCUUAAAAAAUUAAAAAAAAAAAAACCAGCAGACCCCUACUUUCCAUUACUACCCAUCGGAUACUGUAUGACAAACAGCCAAACAAUCGACAGGAACACCUUGAAGCUUACCUCACUUUAAACGACUCAGGAAACUUUUCCCUCCUUGAUAUCUUGCAUUCAGCGCUGCUGCAGUUCUCCAUUGUACCCCCCCUCUACUAUCCUCCUUCCCUAACUGUACUGAAUACCACCCAACCCCUUUUACAAACAUAAUAGCAUGGCGACCACAACAACGUCGGCGGCCACAACGACGCCGGCACCACCACCACCACCGACUUUGAGGUCAAAGUCAACCAUCUCCACCAACGGUACCGUCCAGAUCAAGUCCUUCCGACAAAGCCAACGACCCAGGCCACACAGCAAGUCCACAUCCGCAGUGCUGCCAUCACUAGCCUUGACUGGCGGCAAAGGAGGCUUGGACGACGACGCCGAGGAUGACGAGCCCGAGGUCAUCAACUUCGAUAGCGAUGGCGACCUGCACCUCAUCGUCGGCGGCAGCAAAGUGAGCCCGCAACGCUUCGUCGUCUGCUCGCGGACUCUGGCGCGGGCGAGCCCCGUCUUCAAGACAAUGCUGUUUGGCGCCUUCAGCGAGUCGAGGCCAUGCUGCUCCAGGAACGGCAGCAGCAGUAGCGGGAGUAGCGCCUCUGGUCGGAGCUUCAUCACUAGCAGGUCGGGAGACAGUACCAGUCCGCUCGGUGGUGCCUUUGAGGAAGGACCAGCCCCGGCCGGGAGCCUAGACGACGACGCAUGGAAGAUCGAGCUUCCCGACGACGACCCAAAGGCUUUCAGGACUCUCAUGGGUAUCAUUCACAGCAGUUUCGAUCACGUCCCCGACACGGUCGAGGUUGUCGAGCUGUUCCAGAUCGCCAUCUUGACUGACAAGUACGACAUGACGCAUCUGCUGCGACCAUGGUCGGAACAGUGGUGCGCACGGCAGCGGACGCGGCGACACCCAUACAGGCUCUGGAUUGCGUGGGUGUUGGGUGACGAUCUCAUGUUUGAGUCCGAGGCAAAAAGACUUGCUCUCGGGUGCCCGGUCAACAAAUGCGGACAACUUUUGGUCAGGUGCACCAACGGCAACUUUCAACCCUUGGAGUCUUUUGACUAUCUCAGACUGCCAGACAUUCUGGAGUCCAUCGCAGCGGUACGCUUCGAAGCAGCCGAAAAGAUACUGCAGAAGCUGUCGGCGGUGCACCGCAAUCUGGCGACCGCCAACGGGCGACACUGCAGGGAGCCCAGCGCGGCGGCUCGGCAGGAGUGCCGGCUCGACUGCGAGAACGCGCUGCUCGGCUCCACCAUCAAAGCGCUCGACGCCAACGGGCUGUGGCCGCUACCGCAAGCGCCGGCGCUCACCUACAGCCUCGAUACGCUCGUCCAAAAGGUGGCGGCUACGGCGCACAUGAUCCGCCCCCUGAGCUCCCGUGACACCAACAGGAGCGGCGGCGGCGGCGGCGGGUCCGGCAUUCGCCACGUCGAGUGCAACCCCGCGGUGGAGCUCGAGGACUACGCAAGGAAGAUUUUGGCCAGCGCCCCAAGUCCCGUACAGCACAUGCACCUGGCACACAUGGAGAACCAGGCAAAGAAGUCGGGGCUGUGGUUCGAAGAGAAGGAGCAGUGAUUUUGUUUGGAACAUGGGGUGGGAGUUGGGUUUCGUGGUUGUUGGCGGCGCAAAGAAGGGAAAUGGGGUUCUCCCUGGUGGAGACAUACAGUACAAGGUGAAGGUAGGUACCUUAUUGUUUGGCCAUCCGAAAUGCGAUCCGACGCAACGUGUUUAUGUUUAUGUCUUUAUGUGUGUGCACGACUUCUUUUUUCAUUUCUUAUCUUGUCUCAUUUUUCUCAUUUUAUUCCUCAUAUUUUUCCCACUGUAAGUUUCAUUGCCUUGAUGAUUUUUUUUCUUUUAUUGUCUUGAUAGAUCCGACAGAGGUUGCUGGGCAGAAAUGGGGGGAAAAACGAGACCCUUACUCGGUGGCCACGCACUGUACAAUUAUUUCAAAGUUCCUUGUUUAGGGUUGCAGGCAUGUCAAGAUUUACAAAGUUAGAAAAUGGAUUAUCCUUGAUUGAAUCGCAUCGUAUCCCCAAAUUCUGCCUUGUCCUUGGAGACUCUGACCCUGG